AUGGCACCUUGGGGAGGACCGCACCUGCUGGAGGAUGGCGCUUCGGCACCCGGGAGAGGUCAUCACGUGAGACACAGGGGAAAAUUCCAGCCGUGCCUUGUCUCCGGUUAUUAUGACGACCGACGUACCUUCUGCAGGCACGCAGCACAGAGCUCCGACCUCCCGAUCCAGCCCGUCCUUCGCCGGCCUCCCAGUUCCCAGCCCUGUUCCGCCGCCGAAGCCCAAGGAAUCCCUUCCAGCACCACGCCAAGCCGAACCCCGGACCACCUCCUCACCAUCCCUCGCUGUCCCUGUUCCCAGCCAGCCCUGGUCCCUACCGCCCUCUGUUGUCCACUCAAAAACAUCUUUCUGAAUUCCCUAAAACUGCUGUCUUGGAGUCCUGCGUUUUGGAUCCCGCCUAGCCCGAAACGUAACGCGUUUACUAUAAAUGCAGACGAUUUACUUUCUGCAACAAGACGACCGUUCCGCAGUCUCAUUCCUCAUCGCAUUCUUGCAUAUCUUCGACAACGGGCACCUACAUUUCUUCACACAGCAACUUGGGAGCCGAGGGUAACGGGCAGGCUGAAUUCGCAGGGGAGCUUUAAACGCAAUAAUGAAGAGGCAUUAACCGCCGCCUUCCCAUUCCGGGAACAAAAGAAGCGUUAUUACCACGUGUAGUGAGCACUGGGGGGAGAGAGGCAGAAUCCCCUGUGGCAACACGCCCACGUUCUCAGACUCACCUGACAGGUGACGUGUCAGCCGGGAGGUAGAGAUAAGCCGGGGGUUUAGCGAGGGAGUUCAGCGCUUCCUGACGUGGCAGUCUGAUUGUAUGUUUUCCAGAGCGAUCUGCUCGAAUAAAGUUGUUUUUGCAUACUUGAAAACCAAGCCAGUCGUUUUUCUCUGCAAACUCCACACACGCCGAGUAACCGCUCAAUGCACGGGAACCGAGCCCCAAUAAGUCGCCCGCGGCGCUCCUGGCUCUGCCACGAGUCCCAAAACAGGGCGCGCCACGGGCGCAGGUGAAAAUCAUUGUUCUUAAUUAUGCCCGGCAAUGUUUGCCUGGGUGCAGCAGAGGGCAGCAGCACUCCGGGCGGUGUACGCCACGAUAUGCGUGCACUGACAGGAACUUUCUAUGCUGUGUUAAACUAUGCAUUUGUCACAUUGUAAAGAUUGUAUCGGUGAAAGUAGUAUGAUUAAGAAAUAGCGCGUAGCUAUUCGGUACAUUUUGAAGUUGGCAUCCCGGGGUUCGACCGAAUCCGUGGUAGGCUAUUAAAUCUACCAUGUUACAGCAAUUAUUUAUUUUUUUGUAAAUGUGUAUUGGCAAAGCAUAGGCUUAUAUUCAAACAGGACUUUUUUCUAAUCAGUUUAUUUUCCCAUUUAAGAAAGAAGUAAUUCUUACUAAUUAUUGUGUAAUAUAAGUAUGAAAUUAACAUGUUUUUAAAUGUAUUAAAUAUAUGCAUUAUAUGUAAGCACAUUAAAUACACUGCACAGCCAAAAGUAGGAGGACACCUGACAUCCAACAUCUCAAAAUUAUGGGCAGUAAAAUGCAGUUGGUCCACCCUCUGCUGCUAUAACAACCUCCACUCUUCUGAAAAGGCCUUAUACUGGAUGUUGAAGCAUUGCUGCUGGCUGACACCGCCAUGAUGAAGCUCUCAGUAUCUUGUCUGUACAUCCGCGACAUUUCUGACAGCUGUGUUCACUAGAGCGAAGCAGUGUGCUUCACUCUAACUGGCUGUGCUCUGAGUUACAGAUGGUCCAGAGGAUGUUGUCAUACAGGGAUGCAGUGAGAUAGUAGUUGGUCAUACAGUGUUGCUGACCUGUUCUGCAUCAUCUGUACCGCCUGCAACCUUCACCUGGACUCUCAAUGGGACAGAGACUGCUGUGAUAACAGAGCAGUUUACUGUGGCGAAUGCCGGCUUUGGUGACAGCGGCAAUUACACCUGUACGUGUAAGUCCCGAGGAGAAGAAUUUCCUCAGUUCCCGUUUUUUCUGACAGUUAAAGGUGAGAUACUGAUAUUUGAAAGCUGAAAUGCAGCAUAAAUGCAAAUAAUAGUAAGUGUAGGCAUGAAUGUUGUGUAGUGGAUCCCACCCUGUCCCAUUGGUAUCCAACAGACAUGAUCGAAAUUCAAAUUCAGUGACUUAUCUGAAUGCCUUUAUGAUAUUAACACACUGGCUCUAAAAGGCCAAUGCACUUGGUUAGUUGCACUGUUUAUUGCCUCCUGUACCUCUCGGUUCCAUCACUAAUCAACAGGAUCACUUCUGUGAAACAUUUCAGAAACAUUUCUGCACACAUACAAGCGAUGUACUUUCAGCACACAGGUGUCUGAGGUUUGUGUGUUUGGCUUGAAGGUGUAUAAUUACUGGGUACUGCCCAUACUAUGUUUUGUUGUCAUUAUGAUGUGACGACCCGGCUCAAGGACCGACACACGAAACGGACACCAGACAUUAGUUGAAGGAAAUAACAAGUAGUUAUUGAGAAAGAGAACAAAACCAAACCAAAACCAAACUAACUAUGCCAGCGUCAGUAAUCAGUGUGCAAUGGAGGUGUUGGGUGCCUGAAGUGUUGGGUGUACUAACUAAAGAAUAAAAAUGUGUACGGGAAAAAAUCCAGCAGCGUUUGUGGCAGUCAGGCUUCCAGCUGGUGGAGAGAGAGAGUGAAUGCCCAUCAUCCUUGCCCUCUUAAGGACUGCAAACU